AUGGGCAUCGUGCGCGAUGACCAUAGAUCUUCUGCACUUAAUCGUAUCAUAACCAGAGGGCUGGUUCUUGUUGUCCUGCUCUGUGCCCUCUCGCUAUCAUGGGUAUUCCAUAGGGCCUGUGACCAUACUUUGGCCGCUAUACCAAUUCACGCUCCAGAAAUACUCAAAAAGUGCCAGAACCUGCACGUUUUACCGGGAAAACCAUCAGGAUUUGACGAUAGGGCGGAAUCCGAUAGAUAUAAUGCGACAAUUUGGACCGGACGCGUUUCUGGCUUUGAAGUUGUGAGAGGCGACCUGUUGAUGGAUAAAGGACUAGUCAAGAAGGUCGGAGACAUUGAUGCAGAAAUGGACGUGUUUGGCGGCGAGUUGGACGUGCAGGACGUUGGCGGGGCCUGGGUAUCGCCAGGAAUUGUCGAUCUUCAUUCUCACUUGGGUGUAUGCUCUUCUCCGGAUUUCAACGGGUGCUCAGACGGGGAUUCGCUGCAUGGUAUCGCACAACCAUGGCUUCGCAGUCUCGAUGCUCUCAAUACUCACGAUGAUGCCUAUCGUCUUUCUGUUGCUGGAGGAAUCACAACAGCUCUCAUUCUUCCUGGAUCCGCUAAUGCCAUUGGAGGGCAGGCAUAUGUGAUUAAAUUGCGCCCUACAGAGGAGAAAACUCCCUCUUCGAUGUUACUAGAACCGCCUUUCUCGUUGAACGGCUCAUAUGUCGACCCCUCACUACCUCCGAGGUGGAGGCAAAUGAAACAGGCAUGCGGCGAGAAUCCAAGCGGUGUCUAUGAAGGCACGCGAAUGGACAUAAUCUGGGCGUUCCGCCAAGCAUACCACACGGCCCGAAGCAUCCGGGAUAAGCAAGAUACUUAUUGUACCAAAGCCCUCGCUGGCCAAUGGUCAGGCCUAGGCGAUUUCCCUGAGAGUUUUCAGUGGGAAGCACUUGUAGAUGUGCUCCGAGGACGAGUCAAGAUACACAACCACUGCUACGAAGCUGUAGAUUUGGAUGGUAUAAUAAGGCUCUCACAAGAGUUCAAAUUCCCAAUUGCGGCUUUUCACCACGCGCACGAAACUUACCUCGUGCCGGACCUCCUCAAAAAAGCAUAUGGGCACCCACCGGCAUCAGCUAUCUUUUCCACGCUUGCGCACUACAAGCGAGAGGCUUUUCGUGGUUCAGAGUUCGCCGCACGGAUUUUGUCUGAGCAUGGUUUAGAUGUGAUUGUGAAGAGCGACCAUCCGGCAACAAAUUCACGGUAUUUACUCCACGAGGCACAGCUUGCGCAUUAUUAUGGACUACCAGAUAAUAUUGGACUUGCCUCCGUUACGUCUACUCCCGCAAAAGUCAUGGGUCAGGAUCACAGGAUUGGAUAUAUAAAAGCAGGAUAUGACGCAGAUAUCGUCAUCUGGGAUAGUCAUCCUCUUGCUUUAGGUGCUACGCCUAAGCAAGUGUACAUCGACGGAAUAGCCCAGUUCAACAAGUCCUAUUCAAGGCCAAAGCCGCCGUCUCACCAACAUGCACCGAAGACACCAGAUUUUGACCAAGAGGCAAUAGACGCCGUGAGGUAUGACGGCUUGCCACCCCUCCAAGCAAAGAUAUCGAUCUCGGAUGUUGUUAUCUUCACGAACGUGACGAGCGUGUUCAUGAAGAGCAAUCGACGAAUAGAACAAGUAUUUUCGGCUGCUAGUGGCGAACUGAGCACCAUUGUCAUCAAGGAUGGGAAAAUUGUUUGCCGAGGAAUAGAACUAUGUCUUGAGGUUCAUUCCGACUCAAGUGUUAGACGCGUCAAUUUAAUGGGCGGAUCAAUAGCACCCGGCCUCACCACAGUCGGCUCGCCACUAGGACUAGCUGAUAUCGAUUUCGAAGACAGUACUAAAGAUGGACCGGUCAUCGACCCUUUCUCAUCCGAAAUCCCGAACUUAGCGGGAGGAGAAGAAGCGAUAAUACGAGCAGUAGAUGGUCUGCAAUUCGCAUCUCCCGAUAUGCUGCUGGCUUAUCGUGGAGGCGUUACUAUUGCUGUCACAGCGCCCGAAUCUUCCGGAUUCUUGUCGGGAUUAAGUGCAGCAUUCACUACCGGUGCUGCACAUAAGUUGGAGGAUGGUGCUGUGAUACAAGACGUUGCGGCGCUGCAUGUUAUGGUGUCUAUGUCUUCACCCAUCAGUGUUAGCACUCAACUGGGUGCUCUAAGGCGACUGCUGUCUGGCGAAAUACACGGGGAACUAGGUGUGCAGUUUAGGAAGAUUGUUGAGGGUGAACUGCCGCUUGUCGUGACAGUCUACAGCGCCGAUGUUAUGGUAUCUUUGAUACAACUUAAACAAGAAGCAGAAGAGAGGUCUGGGAAAUUUAUUCGUGUGACGUUCCUUGGAGCGCCCGAAGCACAUCUUGUUGCUACCGAGAUAGGCAACGCCGGCGUUGGCGUCAUCUUUGGUCAUGUGUGGCCUUUCCCUAAUGACUGGCAAUCAAGAAGGAUUCUCCCUGGCCUGCCGCUUUCUGAAGACAGCAUGCUAGAUGUGCUCCUGUCGCACAAUGUCACGGUGGGCAUCGGCCUCGACAUCCUUGGUUUGGGUCCGCAGAGAAGCACUGCCCGGAAUACUAGAUUUGACGCUGCUUGGGCCGCACUUGAAGCUGGCACGGAACUAUCUCAGUCCGAUGCUCUUGCAUUGGCGUCAGUGAAUUUGGAGACGCUGCUUGGCGUGGAUAAUGAGGACUAUGACAUGGUGGCGACAACGUUUGGAACACUGCUUGAAUUUGAGAGUAAGGUUGUCGGGGUUAUUUCAUCUAGACGUGGAGUGGUUGAUCUAUUCUGAGUUACUGAAAAAUGCUGUCUAGUCUUCUCAUUUAGAUCUACUGUGGGCAUGAAGACGAACCAGUAGUUGGCUCCAACAAUGGUUUGAUACACAAUGGCCACUAAGCUCUCAGGAUUGUAUUUAUCCUACAUCUCUAUUGCCAUGACAUAUUCAUUGGAACGCCUGUAUUCAUAACUUCGCUGGCUUCUUGGUCUAG